AUGUUCGUCUGUUUGUCCGAUGACACAAUUUUCGAAGCGAGUUGCAUCGAAAUCCGGGCCUUAAGUGGCCCCCCGACUACUCCAGAAGCCGCCCCCAAUGUUUGUCGCGGAAUCCGCGUUUCGCGUGAAAAACCCGUACGACCGAAACGCGCGCUGUUUUCAGGCGAUGAAGUCGGUCUUCCUGGCUCUGUUGCUGGCCUUGCUGGCCGUUCACGCCGAGGGCCAAUGCUGUUGUUGCCAGCAACCGCAACAGAUGCAGAUGCAAAUGGCACAGCCCUGUUGUUGCUGUCCGCAACCGCAGCCUCAGCCCUGCUGCUGUUGUUGUCCACAGCAGCAGCAGCAACAGCAGCCGACACAGGUUCAGUUGGUGAUCAUGCCGCCGAAACAGCAGGAGCAGAAGUGCUGUUGUUGCUGCCCGCAGCCACAGCCCCAGCCAAUGUGUUGUUGUCCGCAACCGCAGCCACAGCCCUGCUGCUGUUGUCCGCAGCCACAGCCGCAACAGCAGCCCUGUUGUUGCUGUUGUCCACAGCCCCAGCCUCAGCCCCAAUGUUGUUGCACGCAAUUGGUCGCUAUUAUGCCGAUGCCCACCACUACCACCCCGAAACCAACCACCACAACGGCUGCUCCACAACAGUGUAAGUGAUAUUCAGUUCGUAUAUCGUCGUUUAAAUAGGAUUAGCAGGAAUUUUAAACGUAUUUUUCUUAAAAAUUUAGGAGAUUUUGAGGAUUACAUUAAAAAAACUGAUCCAUUUUUGUUUUCUGCUGUUUUCAGAGCAGAGGUUAACUCUUUAUGACCGCAUAUUCCUCUCUAUUAUAUAUUUUCAAAACAUCUUUAGGCUGUCUGAUCCCCAUUGGCCAAGUCAUGAUCCCCUGCUGUCAGCAGCAACAACAACAGCCCCAGCCCUGCUGCUGCUGUUGUCCUCAACAAAUGGGCAAGAAGAGAAGAAGACGGUCGCUGGGCAUGUUCUACGGGCCCAUGAUUGAGCACAAGCCCUCCUUCAGCGCCCCGAUGGCUGGCUGUGGAUCCUGCGCCUGUGAUUGCCAACCGGCGGCCUCGAGUUUGGGAGAGAUUCUGAUGCCCAAAAAGUUCUUCGCCGUCUCCAAAUAA